CAGUUUCUGAUAAUGUCGGAAAGUAAUAAAGACAUGAAGAGUAACAUGUUAAAAAAAUCAGACGAUUCAGAAUUAAGGGAAUCAUCACCCAUUGAAGGAGCAUCUCGCGUACAAGGAGCUGUCAAGUGA